GAACUUCAUUCAGAUUUUACACACGCCUUUUUAGAAUAGGGUUGUGACCUCCAUUAGUUUUUAUCGAAAAUAUUUCAACUCUACUGAAACAAAAUAUGGCUGAAAGUGAAUCAAGAGUAGUUAUGAUAGCAGUUGAUGCUAGUGCUCAAGCAGACGAAGCCUUUGAAUGGUACCUGUCUAACAUGGCGAGAGACUCGGAUGAUGUAAAGGUUGUCAACUGUGCUGAAUUUCAUUUAGAUCUUUCUGUUGGAAUUAAUUAUGAUGAGAAACAAAUUGCUCAAAUAACCGACCAGGUGAAGAAACAACAAAACGAGGUUGAUAACCUGAAGAGUAAAUUUGUAGAUAAAUUGAGAGGAAAGGGACCAAAUGAUCAGGCAUUAAAGAUUAAGGGUGAAGCCUUUAUACUGACUGGCAAAAAACCAGGAGAAGCUAUCAUUGAAGCUGCAGAAACCCACAAAGCUAACCUUAUCAUCUGUGGGACCAGGGGAUUGGGAAAGAUCCGUCGUACCUUUAUGGGAAGUGUUAGCGAUUUCAUUGUUCAACAUGCAAGAUGCCCUGUUGUUGUAGUCAGAAAAUGAUGAACUAAAACUUAGAUAAAAGGAAUUUUAAAUUUAUCUCUUGAGAUAGUGCUCUGGAACAGGAUUUUUAUUAGUAAAUUUAUUGUUUAUUUUUGUGCUUCAAAUUUUUUUUUUUUUUUUUUUAAGUACAUGGUUGUAUUUAUCAAUGCUCUUGGUCAUAAUAGUAGCUUCUUUAGGUAAAAAAAAACUUUGAAAUUAAGAUAUUUUGCAUAAUUUUAGAUUUUGUAAGAAUACUUGUCAUAUUUUUAGCUUAUUUGUGAAAUAAAUAAUUUGUUGAAAAAUUAUUUACAGUUCAUGUCAAAUUUUAAGCAAUAGUUGUUUGUUUUGUUUAAUGUUUUAUAUUUGUAUAUUAGAUGAUGAAGACAUAUUGGUUCUAAAUAGUAGAUUUUUUCACAUUAGUAGAUGUAGUGUAGAUCAAGAAGUAGGUUUCUUGCCAAACUAUUGUUGUUAGCUGGAAUUAAAAUUUGUUACAGAAUUGCAUAUCAAAUGAUUUAAAUUGACAUCAAUAAACUAAGGUGUUCUAUGAAUUUAUCAUAGGUGAUUGUACAAAGCAUCUUGUACUAACUCAGAUUUUAUUUUGAUUCUUGAAUAUACAAGUUUUCCUAAAGUGCAAUUUUAAUUCCAGCUUGAAAUAGUGACCUUUUUUAUUACACUUUUUAUACUAACUUUGCAUGCAACGAUAAAAUGUAACAUUCCUAAGGUUUUCAAGACCACUAUAUAUUGAAUUAUAACAUGUUCACUAUUUAUUCUCUGCUGAAUUUUUUACUUUAAUUCACAUUAUCCUUUUUCUUUAUUUUAAUGUAAAUUAUCUCCCCUUAGUCACCACAUCAUUUGAUAGAGUGAAACGUCAUGUGUUGUAUAUAUUUCUCACUAGAUCAGCUAUGAUUAAACAACUUCAUUGAUAAAAACAAAAAACUCAUCAAAUUGAUUUGAUUAAAAUGACAUAAUAAGAGAUUGAUUAUAUUAAUGACAAUGAAAUUUGAUGUAAAUUUAAAUACAUUUAUAUAUUUCCACAAUUACCAAAAAGAAAAAAAAAUCACCAAUAAUUUGAAAGGUGACCCUUGAAAUGAGUGUUUGUAAAUACUACUGUAACUAUACUAACCAGAGUUAUGUAUUGGAAGAUAUAAGAGCUGAAUAAUAUUUGAUAAUUUUGGAAUGUGAAGACAGAUGAUUGAUUGCUCAAAUGAUGUUUAGAUCAUUGAUGUCAUUGAAAUUUUAGCCUGUAUGAUAAUUUUCUUGUAGAUUAAACUGCAUGCUAAUUUACAUAGUUGAUCAAGCUUUUACUUAAAUCUAAUGGCUGUAUGUGGUGGUAAAAUGAAGAUUUUCAUGUUUAAAUAAAGGAAAAUAACUGGUAUUUUACAAUCUAUCAUGCACAUUUUUUAGUUAUGAAAUAUAAUUUGGCUCAAGAAAAGAUGUAUAAAAUGAGAAUGGGAGGCCCUGUCAUUUUAGACAAAGAUACUACCUCGUUUCAUGGCGAUGUACGAUUUUUUUCACAGCUGAACAAAUGCCAAGCUUUUAUGUUGAUGUACAUUUUUGAAAAUCAUGAAUAAUUUGAAAUUAGAUUAAAUGUUCUGUACAGUGGCUAGUGCAUUGAAAACAUUACGUUCUCAAAAGAGGAAUUAUGUGGCAAUUCCACAGAAAAAGUUUUAUUGUAUGAAACAGCUAAUUUUACCCCAAAGAUCUGCUUAUAUUAAGUUGCUUAGGAAUAAUUGUUAGAUGAACUGAUUGUCCGAGGAAAGAUUACUCAAUAUAUACUUAAAGAUUUUUCAUGUAUGCAAAAAUGUCAACAAGGAAGUGAAUUAAAUAGAUUGUGUAUUAAAUUGUCACUUUUAGCACUAGACAAAGCUCUUUAGAAUUAGACAUUCCUUUUCACAUGAACAAACACCACUUCUUGGUACAAUAAUUGAUAGUUGUAGAUUAAAUUUAGAUCAAUAUGAAUUCUCAAAAAAAAAAAAAAUGGAAUCUCACAGAAAGUAUAAUAGAUAUACCGGUAAUUAAAAAUGUUUUUUUGAUACAAUAUUAUUUAAUGAUAAAUAUAAUAAAACAAAAUAUAUUCAUUUUUUUUAGGCAAUUUUACUUUAUGUAAAGGAAUACUGUUCAGAACAUCAAAUGCUCAGAAAAUAUAUAAUAGGUUAUUUGUGCAAUUUGUGUUGCAUUUUGUUAAUUUGUAGAAGAAUACAUUUUUUGUAGUACAUUUUUGAAAACCUUAUUUGUUAAUGACAUUACACUCUUCAUAAGCAGAUAGAUUUUAAAAUUUUGAUUUCUUGUCAUUUACUUAUAAUAAAUAAUUGUGUUGAAUGAUAUAUUCUUAAUAGAUAAAUCUUAUAAACUGAUCAAGGAAAGAAGUAAUGCAUUUAUAAGAAAAACAUUUCUUUUUUUUACAAGAUAUUGGAUAUACAUUUUUGUCAUUUUAAUUUAUAAAUUAAUUUAUUGUAAUAAUAAUAAAUUGUUUAGAAACCACAGCUUUUCAUCAGGAUCAAAUUUUAUCUUCCUAUGUUAACAAUUGCUGUUUGCCACCUUUAAAUGAUCUGAUUUUACUCUACUUAUGAAGAAGUGACUGUCCUGUGUUCACCAUUUUAUAUUUCUUUGCUUGUAAUUGUUCACAUAAUUGUAUGGUAUCUCUUCUCGUACCACUUACUCCUACAUCUUUGUAUACAGACAAUAAAGAUUUUGUAGAUACGAAUUCAUAAUAAAUAUCUAGGCAAUGUG